UUCUUGAAAGAAUCUUUUAAUAUUAAUCAAACUACGAAGUCAGAAUAUGUCAAACUCCUUGUGUGACGUCACUGCGCAAAGAUUUACGGAAAGAAAAUUGAAAUCUAUCUAACCUCGCGCUGGUAAAUAUCAAAACGUUUCGUGCUAUUUACUUUAAUGAUUUUUGUACUUUCUCAAUAAAGUAAAAGAUUUCCCUGGUUUAUUGUGAUUGUGGACAAAUCUAACAUAAUACAAGAACUAAUAGAAAAUGAAUUAUGAAACGAGCGGUUCAAUUUAGUUCGCUAGAAGUGCUACAAAAACUGCUGGUGUGCAAGUGCAAUUGAUGCGGAGAAAAUGUCCACCCAUCAGUGAGGAAAACGUCUGGGGAAGAAAUUUCUACUUUGUCGGAAGAAGGAUUUGUUGCCUGAUAACGGGAAACGUGAAUUUUGAUGCCGUUCUAUUCUGACAGCGCAAGGUGAAAAAAUCUGCAAGGCGACUUUGAGUGGUGCGGCGAAAUCCGCAAUCGCACAUUCUUUUUUAUAUUCAAUAUUUUGAUUGCGAGGAAGAAAGAGGAACGAGUGACGACUGGAAGUAAACCAAAAGGAAUUCGUACCGAUUGCUGCUCAUUCGCCGUAGCUCGCUAUCAGGUGAUGUGCAACAUGAUAGAGACGUCCGACAAAAGCAAUGACAACAUCAACGACGAGGAGGAUGACUCCAAGCUGCCGAUUAGUUUCAGCUACGCCCGCCAUUCGGACAAAAUCGAAGGGAUAAACUGUACGACGCAGAGCUGGCGGGUGAAGGAACGCAUGAAAACCGUCAGCGUGGCCCUGGUGCUGUGUCUCAACGUUGGGGUUGAUCCGCCGGAUGUCGUGAAGAUACAGCCCUGCUCACGGCUAGAAUGCUGGAUCGACUCUUCGUCGGUGUCGCCACAGAAGGCAAUGGAGCUGAUAGGAAAUAGUCUUCAAAAACAAUAUGAAAGAUGGCAACCACGGGCACGUUACAAGCAGUCCUUAGAUCCGACGGUGGAGGACGUUAAAAAGCUGUGCACUUCUCUGAGAAGAAACUCAAAAGAAGAACGCGUCCUGUUCCACUACAAUGGCCACGGCGUCCCACGGCCAACGGUUAAUGGCGAAAUUUGGGUUUUUAAUCGAACCUACACCCAAUACAUCCCCCUGUCGAUUUACGAUUUGCAGGCCUGGAUGGGAGCACCUUCGAUAUACGUCUACGAUUGUUCCAAUGCCGGGAUAAUAGUGAAUAGUUUUAACACCUUCGCCGAGCAGCAUGAAAGGGAGCUGGAACAGAUGCGUGCCCGCAGCGGCAGUACCGCCGGACAGUCAGACGCCGAUACCAGUAGAAAUUCUCCCUCGCCCCCGAUAGUGGGUCCGACUACGUACAAAAAUUGUAUUCAAUUAGCGGCAUGCGCUGCCAAUCAAAUCCUACCAAUGAAUCCCCAGUUACCGGCGGAUCUUUUCACGUCCUGCUUGACGACGCCAAUUCGGAUAGCACUGAAAUGGUUCACUUUGCAAUCUACAUCGAAGCUGGUUCCACACGUACCGGAAGACCUAAUUGAUAGGAUACCAGGACAGCUCAAUGACCGGAGAACGAUGCUCGGUGAGCUUAAUUGGAUAUUUACGGCAAUUACUGACACGAUUGCUUGGAACACGUUACCGCGGGAGCUGUUUCAGAAACUUUUUCGUCAAGAUCUGCUUGUGGCAAGCCUGUUUAGAAACUUUUUACUCGCAGAGCGUAUUCUACGGUCGUACGAUUGCACACCCAUAUCUAGUCCUCCCUUGCCCCAGAGUUAUCGUCACCCCAUGUGGUCAGCAUGGGAUCUAGCCCUCGAUCUGGCACUCUCGCAGCUGCCCGAUAUUCUGGAUAAGGGAAAACGUUUCAAACAUUCACCGUUCUUCGAAGAACAGUUAACCGCCUUCCAGGUUUGGUUGGCAGGGAGUUCAGAGCAGAGGAACCAGCCGGAACAGUUACCAAUCGUGUUGCAGGUGCUUUUGUCACAGGUCCAUCGACUACGUGCCUUGGAGUUGUUGGGCCAAUUCCUGGAUCUGGGCCCGGAGGAAGUAAACCUGGCACUCAGUGUCGGAAUUUUUCCGUACGUGUUAAAGCUGCUGCAAAGUUUGGCGAAAGAACUGCGUCGGUUUUUGGUAUUUAUCUGGGCAAAAAUCCUCGCUGUGGACGGUACCUGUCAAAUCGACUUAAUUCGGGAUCAGGGGCAUAAAUAUUUCCUAGCUGCACUGCAAGACACCAGCACGUCGGAAGAGGAUGAAUUCAAAGGAAACCAUCGUGUUUACGCCGCCUUUGUAUUAGCGAGCAUAGUUCACAACUUUCCAAUCGGUCAGGCGAACGCUUUGCAAGGACAGCUGCUGUCGAUAUGCUUAGAUCAGUUGAACGAUGAAAAUUUCGUUCUGAGACAAUGGUUGGCAAUCUGCUUGGGACAUCUUUGGCAAAAUUACGAACAGGCGAGGUGGUCCGGCGUGCGGGAUAAUGCAAACGAAAAGCUCUAUCCGCUACUGAGUGAUCCUAUUCCGGAAGUAAGAGCAGCGGCAGUGUAUGCCCUCGGUACGUUUAUGAGUUCCGUUCAGAAGCGAUCGGAUCACGCAAACAACAUCGAUCGAUCAAUAGCGAUGCACCUUUUUAACACGGUAUGCAACGAUAUGAGUCCGUUGGUGAGGAUGGAACUGAUAGCUUCCUUACAAUGGAUGGUACGGUUUUUCGGUAAUCAAUUCGUUGCAGUGUUCCUUCAAGAAUCAUCUAGUGGCCAUCAUAUAAUCAAUCACCAUUAUCAUAGUUUAGAGAGAAACAUCAACAUGAAACGAGUUUCCAGCUCAAGUAAUAUUAUCAGUGGUAGCAAAAACUCUGUCAGCGUUGGAGCAAUUUACCAAAAAUUAUGGAAUGGAUUUAAUGCCUUGGCGAAAGACCCUUUCCCAGCAGUAGCCGCAAUGGCUCAGAAGGUCGUUGAGUAUGUUGGCAAACAAGGCUACGAGCUUGCCAAGGAAGCAACUACUUCGGAAAAGUUUGCAGGAAGCAUGAGCUUACCACCCUCACCAAACACCAGAAUUAACUACCUGGGUGGGGAAUCCCCGCCUCUGCAUGGACACCUGAACCAAUCUAAUAGCCACACACCUCUUCCGAACAAGAAGAAACUUAACCUCAACGAUAGUUCGGAACUCUCUUCCUCUACACUUCAAUUACAAUCAGUGGUCACGUCAACUCCAAUCCAUACGCCUCAGCCGCAGCAGCAACCUUGUGAGCAGAUGCCGCCACCGCAAACGCCCAUCCCACAAGUGCAGGCCCAUCCUCAACUAUCACAACAGCAACCUCAAACGGUGACCCCCAUCGUCAACACCAACUACAUCGAGUGGUCGGUGAGUUUCUUCGCUCGGCCUUCGAAGUUCCUGAACGAAGGGAAACUCACUGCCAAAGACCAGAACUCUACUGAGUUCCUGGACAGGCAGUCCCGGUGUUUACGUAAUAGGAUCGUGCGAGAGGAAGGCCGCGAGCAGCAGAGGCGAGCCGUUUUUGGACGGCUAGACACUCAGAGCUGGUCUUGCCGAACACAGCACACGCCCACCCUAGUCAAACUUAAUCCGUACGAUGAUCAGAUCGCAGUUGCUUACAAGGAUCGCGUCAUUCUCCAGGACUGGAGCACUGAUAUAACCAGCUCCUUCAUUCCCUUCAAGCAUCAACCCUUGCAACAGCAUCAGUCAAUCUUCCUUGAUCAGAAUCGGUUUCAAGUGAGCCCUCCGCCGGUGUCGGUAUCGUCGUUGGAUUUCAUCAACGCUCACGAUGUCGGUCUGGUGCUCGUGGGCUACAGUGACAGUGUCAUACGGGUAUGGCGACCGGCUGAUGCCAAUCGAGAAUCGGCGCUGGUUACUGCGUGGCAUGGCCUGUUCGAUUUCAAUUCACCGUCCACGGCUAAGGUCGGAACGAGUGAGUUAGGUCUGGUGAUGGCGUGGCACCAGAAAACACAAACCAUAAUGGCGGCAGGAGAAGCCAAGUACAUUCGUCUGUGGGAUGCCGAACGAGAAUCCAAAAUCUGUGAUAUUCCUAGUGGGUCGGAAACAACGAUCAUAAAGCUAUCGUGUGCUCCGAAUGGGUUGUUUGCGGCCGGUUGCAACAACGGUAGCGUUCGAUUGUUCGAUCGGCGAUGUGCACCGACCGAAGCACGAAUCGCGACAUUCCGAGAACAUGUGAAUCCAAUUUUGACGGUGUGUCUGAGGGACGAUUGUGAAAGCCUGGUGUCGGCAUGCACCACCUCCACGGUGAGGCUGUAUGAUAUUAGGAAAACGUCUUCGUCGGUGCAGCACUGGAAUGCUGGAUCAGAUGUUUCGGCGAUGAGCAUUCACUCGAGUGCAGACAUUGUGGCUUGUGCAACAAGCGUUCUCACGAUCUACGGAUUGGACGGUACCAGUUUAAACACUAUCCGAUGCAAUGAAGGGUUUAUGGGAACGAAGAAAGGGGUGACUUCUUGCCUUUCGUUCCAUAAGCAUAAAAUAAGCUUAGCGGCUGGAUUCAACGAUAACACAGCAGCUGUGUUUGUUACCGAACGGAAAUGAGCUACGGACAGCUUCUGUGCAUGGAUAUUUACUUG